UACAGGAAAGCUGGAUAUGUAUGUUGCUGCUGCUGGCAUAAACCCUCAAAGAAUUCUUCCAGUAAUGCUAGAUAUUGGUACUAACAACGAGAAGUUACUUAAUGAUUCUCUUUGAUUUAUUGGAGUUGAGGAGUCCCACAAUCUUUAUGUUCUGUUUGUUUUUCCAUCACUUUUUCAAGGCUGUUCAAUUGGAGUUCCAUCUUCAGGUUGACGUGAUUGUCUUGACAGAUGGAAGUCGUAUUCUUGGCCUCGGUGACCUUGGAGUUCAGGGAAUAGGAAUACCUAGAUUGGAGGGAGAAGAGUAUCUAUCUAUUGUUGAUGAAUUUAUGGAAGUCGUGCAUACAUGUUGGCCUAAAGCUAUUGUUCAGUUUGAGGAUUUUCAAAUGAAAUGGGCUUUUGAAACAUUACAACGUUAUCGUAAGAGGUUCUGCAUGUUCAACGAUGACAUACAAGGAACUGCUGGUGUUGCUCUCGCUGGACUAUUGGGAAAUGUGAGAGCUCAAGGGCAGCUAUUGAGUGAUUUUGUUAACCAAAAGAUAGUAGUGGUAGGGGCUGGAAGUGUUGGGCUCGGUGUUCUUAACAUGGCUAUUCAGGCUGUUUUGAGAAUGGUAGGGAACAACGAUUCUACUGCAAGAAAUCGAUUUUUUUUCUAAUAGACAAAGAUGAACAAGGAUGAAUAAUCAAUGAAAAAGGAAUGAAGAGGUUUAUCCAUGCAAGCUUCAAACCAAAGCCAAGGAUGUCGAUCCUUCCAGGGGAGUCCAAAGUUCUCCCUUAUUUUUCUCCCUUUAUUUUGAUUUUCAAAAGUUUGCAAUUUUUUAAGUGGGGGUGGGCAAUUGCUUGCAUGUUUAGUCUAAACUUGGAGGUUCAAAUUUUGCCCAAAUUUCAAAAUUUCUAAAAAAAAUUUCCUUACAAUAAUGAGCACUAUACCUUCUUAGAUUACUUAGAUCUUGCA